AUGUCUAUGAUUUCACGACAAGCGCUGAUGUCUUCGGCUCUGUCCAUGUCGCACAGCCACCCCCACAAGAUUGGGCCUUGGAAGUUGGGCAAAACCUUGGGCCGUGGCGCCACGGGCCGGGUUCUCCUCGGCGUGCACUCCAACACGGGCCAGAAGGCCGCCGUCAAGGUGGUUUCGAAACUGGAGCUCAAUGAGGAAUACGAGAAACCCGAGGCUGGCCAACUCCCGUAUGGGAUUGAGCGUGAGAUUAUCAUUAUGAAGCUUCUCACGCACCCCAAUGUGUUGCGUCUUUACGACGUCUGGGAAACGUCCAAGGCCUUGUACCUCGUUUUGGAGUAUGUGGAAGGCGGUGAAUUGUUUGACUUGUUAGUGGAACGUGGGCCUUUGCACGAACGCGAGGCCGUGAAGUACUUCCGCCAGAUCAUCUUGGGUACAGCAUACUGCCACGCUUUGGGCAUUUGUCAUCGUGAUUUGAAGCCGGAAAACUUGUUGCUUGACGCGGCACUCAACGUCAAGCUUGCAGACUUCGGCAUGGCGGCGCUCGAGAGCCAGGGCCGCUUGCUUGAAACCCUGUGUGGCUCUCCCCAUUAUGCGGCACCAGAGAUUGUUUCUGGCCUCAAAUACCACGGCGCAGCCUCCGAUGUAUGGUCAUGCGGCGUCAUUCUCUUUGCGUUGUUGACCGGCCGCUUGCCUUUUGAUGAUGAAAACAUCCGCAACUUGUUGCUCAAGGUUCAGGCUGGCUCCUUUGAAAUGCCUUCUGAUUUGAGUUCAGAAGCUCAAGACUUGCUUAGGCGCAUGCUUACCGUCGACCCUGCCCGCCGUAUCACCACACCUGACGUGCUUACACACCCGUUGCUCGCCAAGUAUCCUAUUCCCGAUGAUGACCUUGUGAGCGUACGCCUGCUUCCACAUCCACAAACUGCCUACAAAUCCUUAGGUAGCGCCAAGAACAUUGAUCAACACAUCUUGCACAACUUGUCCAUCUUGUGGCACGCGCGUCCCGAGGAAGACAUUGUGCGGUGUCUUUUGGCCGAUGGGCCCAACCCUGAAAAGACUUUCUACGCAUUACUUCUGCGCUACCGGCACCAGGACGAUGGCCCAGGAACGCCGCGCCGUAUGCCCCGCCUGACCCUGGGCGUGCUGACGCCGCGGCGCCGUUCCAGACCCGUGUCCUUCCAGCGGCGGUAUGGGCAAAAGUCGCCACGCCGCUCGCCGCAAAAGACAACUGCAUCGCCCCUUCGCUCUCCUCGGCGCUCGCCUCAGAAAAUACCCUCUACCCGCGACCUUUCGCUUCCGCGUAAUAUCUACAACGACAUUGUGGCGGCUGAACUGUCACGCCCACCAACAUUACCGUCCAAAGACCUGAUUUAUGAUGCUGCUGAAAACAGUCGCAGUGAGGCUGCACGGGCACUUGCGGGUUUAGACUCAGCUGCUCCAGUUGAGCGCCGCCGUAGUGUUUUCCGUCGCCUGGGCUCACGUAUGAGCAUGCAAAAGACACGAUCGAUCCGCCAGUCUAUUGCGCUCAAGCGUAACUCCAUUACAGUCAAGUUGCUUUCCACGUAUGCCAAGUUGGCCAGCGAGAGCGACUGGGAGUAUAUGGAUAAGCAAACGAAACGCACAUCCGCCACUUUUGCCACGUUGUGUGAUAAAAUAUUCAAUCAAGAAGCCUAUGACCGUGAUGACGAGUUGCUAGUGGACGACGAGGAGAAGAAGGCGCGUGAGUAUGAAAAGUUGAUGGAGAUCGAACGCAAAAAGCAUGAAGCUGAACUUAAGGCCCGUCGCGAGUUGGCUAAACAAAAACGCCGUCUGAAGCGCCGCUCGCUCUUAUCGUCCCGGAAAUUGCAUAUUCUGGUGACCGAGGAUGAUACUAAGCCCGCAGAGGCAGAAGGUGGUGAGCUCACGCAACCAAAACGCCGCUCCCAAUUGCGCAGCAUUUCCGAGACACCUCACAAUGAUGACCUUACGCCUGCUGAUGUCGCUAACAUCAAGCGUCGCUCAGCUACCCAGCCUGUACCACAGCGCAGACCUACACCUGUGUUGUCGCGGAGACCCAUGUCGCGUUUGGACCCAUUGUGGACUGCGUUUGAAAAUGAAAAGCUCACGCGGGCACAAGAUGCUCUUCAGGAUGAGUUUGCUGAUACCCGCAAGAAGCGCGAGUCAAUGGUGAGUGUAAAAGAUGCUAAUGCCGAUCGGCUCUCCAAGAACUCCGAAUAUGAGAGUACGCAAUACGUGCUUCCAGAACACGAAUCUCAGGACAUUGACUUGAGCACAGAGUACAUGUCUGAGAUCCGCAAGUCGCGUCUUUUGAACUCGCAGUAUAACAUCAAGGGCCAAUUGAACGGCACCAAACAGGAGGAGGAACAACUUCCACCGCCUUCGAAGACGCUCAUUGGCAGCGUAAACAUCCCUAAAGUCACACGCAAGUCACACCACUUUUCAGCAUCCAACAAGCGCUUAUCCUUGCUCACAAUUCGUCUGACAAAGGAGUCCUACCGCGACCUCAAUUCUAUUUUGGAUGCACAUGGCGAAGGCGCAGAAGAUGAAUUGAAUGCUGAGAAGGAGGGCAGAGAAGCAUUCAACGACGAUGAUAAGGCUAACAUGCCCCGCUUGAGAACCAGCUUUGCUGAUCGUUUGGAUCAGGCAGGUCUUGUUCCCGAGGUGGACGAGGAACAGUUGGACUCAGCUUCUGUCAUUGACUUUGAUGAGCAUCUCGCAAACAAGCGCACUUCGUACUAUGCUGGCAAGCAACCAGUGAAUCAGAAAAGAAAGAGCAAGCGGGAAGAAGAAGAAGAGGCGGACUACACUUUUAACGAUGACAACUCUGUGGACCACGGUCGUGGCAGCGAAGAGCUAUUUGAAAAAAUCAAAUUGCCAGAAUCGAAAAAGACCAGUCGCGUUGCUGGAGCAGUGCAGCCUCCACCGCUGACCAUGUUGCGUCCAGAAACCGAGAACAAGCGUCAACCCAAAUCGUAUGGAACGAUGCCAAAGAAUAACUCAAAGUCUACAGAGGCCACACAGACGUCUAAAAAGCCAUUAGUGGAUUCGACGAAUGUGGCCGCGGAGCCAAAGCCUCAAAAGAGAAGUCGGUCGCUUUUCCGCAAAUUGUCAUGGGGCUCCAAGAAAACGUUGGAUGAGCCCAAGCAAUUGCCAUCGCCUGCCACCUCGGGCAAUAACCUGGUGGAGGAGAAGCGCAGCGGGUCGUUUUUCCGGUGGUUUUCGUCGUCGUCACACCCUGCGGCAGCUGACAUUAAACGGUAUAAGACGAUCUUGCCAAAACAGGAGAUGAUGACUGCAUUGUACGCCUUAUUGAACUCGUGGUCCAACUUUGGGUUGCGCAACUUGAAGCAAGACCACUUCGGAUACCACAUCACGGGAUCGAUUUCGUCGAACAACUCGUUCAACUUGAAAAGCUGUCGGUUCCGGAUCAAGAUCAGCCCACGCGAGUUUAACCAAAAGUCCGAGUUGGUUUGUGCAUUGGUGAAAGGUUCACAGGCCACCGCCGACACUUUGUUCAAGGAAAUCGAGCGUGUGUUGGAGAAGGAAAGUGUGUUGGACAAGUAG